GCAAUCAUCGAACCCGUUGCAAAACAUAAAAAGAUUUUUGCAAUCUGGUUUAGCAGAAGUGUGCGAGGAACAAUGAGUUACCUUUUGAGAACGUUAACGAAGAAGGAAGACGUGGAUUCAAUCAUCAGAGACACCAUCGAUAAGCUUCUUGUCCUUCGAUUCGGAAGAUCUUCCGAUUCCGUUUGUCUACAACUCGAUGAUAUCCUUUCAAAAUCUGAACAAGAUGUAUCAAAAUUCGCAAGUAUAGCGUUAGUGGAUGUUGAUUCUGAGGAAAUUCAGGUUUACGUUAAGUAUUUUGACAUCACUCUUAUUCCUUCAACCGUUUUCUUCUUCAAUGCUCAUCAUAUGAAGAUGGAUUCAGGGAGUGCAGAUCACACAAAGUGGGUAGGCGCAUUUCACCAAAAACAGGAUUUCGUUGAUGUUGUAGAGGAAAUAUUUAGAGGGGCCAUGAAAGGCAAGCUGAUAGUGAAUUGCCCACUUCCUCCAGAACGAAUACCCAAGUUUCAACUGUUAUAUAAAGGCGUGUGAAGGUUUUGAACAAAAAACAUCUGUCUCAUUUUGGACGAUCCCGCCCUUUUUAAGCUUCUUCAUGAACUCGUAUGUCAAGUAUAUAGACACAAAUAUAAUACUUUCAUAUGUUUAUCAAUGUCUAAAAGAAUAUAUGACAUAUGUCAUUUAUGUAAUACAAUAUGUUUUCUCAAAUGGUAACACCAGACAAAAAAAAUAUAUCAAGCACCACUUCCCAAACUCAA